CCGAUCUUGAACUUUGUUGUGUACAUUCCUACCAGGCAGCAAAGCCCACUCAAUGUUUUUGACCAAUCAGGCAAAUCUCGAACCAAUUCAUUCCUUGUACCAAGGUGGGGUGGCAUUAUCAUAAAGAACGUCGAGACUCCUCCUCCACCUGCUAUAAAUAAAACUUUGGAAUUCCCAUUCGAUUACGAGAUCCAGUUGAAGGAACUAUUCUCCGUCGUUGUACCACAACUGAAAGUGCUGCUCGGUUUUAAAAGAUUGGAUUCGCAUAGGAUACUGAUGAUGAUGAUGAUGAUGAUACAGGAGUUGGAUGUUUGGUUGACGGAGCAUACAAUCGAGAACAUAGGCAAGUCAUCUGCAACUCUCAACUCACUAUCACAGCUACUCAACCAUAUCAGUAACAUCGUUAUUAAUGAUGACGUUGGAGAUCAGGUUUAUGUGAAUUUGGCAGUCAGUUCGGUAGAGAAUUCUCUGAAACUUUUAAAGGAUGGUUCAUUGAAGGAGGCCUACCUUGCUAGCAGGCAGGCCUUACAAUCCUCUGAGAAAGCUUUCUUCGAUCCAUCUCUAUUAGAACUGCUGUACUUCCCCGAAGAUCAAAAGUUCGCAAUAUACAUACCAUUGUUUCUGCCGGUUGGAAUUCCUGUAGUUUGUUCAGCAUUUCAAGCCUUCAAGUAUUUUAAGAACAAAAAGUUCGGCCUGAAGCAACAUAACGACUGA